AGCGAGUUGUACUUGUAGAGAAAACUAGUAUUUAAGUAGCCAUCACAGGAGUUGUACUCGAAUUUUUGUCUAAUGGACCCUCAAGCUCAACAUGUAAUAAUUCCCAAGAAAUACAGCACCAAAACCAAAUCUUCAGAAAGAUGGCGAAGGUCUCAGCAUCCUCCCCAAAGCCUUCCCGUGACAACACGCAAGAGCCACCUCAAACGUCACCGCGAAGUCGCUUGCGAGGACUUCCCCCAGAACUAGAUGUAAGGCUGCUACUGCGGUAUUUCACUCACAGAACCAGUUGCUCAACAACAAGGACGCGAUCUGUAUAUUGCUACAAGCUUCCAUAAAGGCACCAGACAAAGGAGUACUAGAUGCAGGCAGUUGAUACAGGCACACCUUGCUACCUGACGACCCUACUUCCUAUUUAGAUCUCAAUUCCGACGCGAUCUUGUAACUACACGAUCUUCUUUUUAUUCCGACGCGAUUUUCUAACACGGACUUUGGGUGUAACCUAUUUUCCUCUUAUUUUUAUAGUCUAAUGUCAGUCGUGGAGCCUUCGUCCGACGAUGAUGCGAAGACGCAGCUUUUGGAGGAAGAGAAGCGUGACAGAAAGAAUAUAGAAAAGAGCCAUACGAUUAAGGCUAGAGAUAAUUCAUCUUUUAGAGCAUUCCGGAAAAGUGUGACUGAGUAUUUUGAUCGUGAUACGGUUCCAGGAUGCACAUGAAAGACGAAUACUGGACAGCCCUAAUACAAAGCAGCACUCCUCUGCUAGUACAACUGCAAACGCCCAACUGGCUGGAGAUCAACAAGCGCACAAGACUUGUGGUUGGCGUUGCUUGCUUCUGGUGUCGCUGAUUUGUUUGUCUCUUUUCGUUAAGGCUACUAACCUCUAGUGCUAGUAUCAUCCAUCUUCCGUGGUCUCCGUCGCGGUGUCGUGAGGUAUUUGUACACUGUCGAGUAGAACCUUUCUUGUGAUUUUUUCAAGAGGAACUACUCAAUGGGGCCGGCACUUCUCAAGGAAACCCGAACUACCACAUACCAGCCACAAACAUGAUCUUAACGACAGAAGGAAGAAUAGAAAUACUUCUAUCUCUAACUCUGGUGCCAUCUUCUCUUGCUAUUCCAAUGACGUCAACAUGCUCUUGCAGGACCUUGGUCCGCGGUUCAGUGCUCUUUGGAAAGCAGAGAACGCUCUUCAUUUUGUUACGGGCUAUGUAUUUUGAAAUUGAGUGACAGUAUCCAUCUUUAGACUCAGAUGCAAUAGAUUGAUAAGCCUUGUACUAGGUCACCUAGUCAUCUAGGUGGUAGAACAAGUACACCUCGAUUUGUUUCUUAGGCUGAUGAUUGAAAAAAGAGAGCUUUCUGAAAAACGACAGAGGACGACGGUCGUGGCUCCUCUGAAUCGGAAUCCAUCCGUCAAGCUCAUCUAAGAUCAAAAAUGCGCAACGCGUUGCGGAGGUUCCCCAGGAGUCAUUUGUGCAAAGAGAAGCGGAAGCUCUGGAUGCGGCACCGCCACAGCCGGACGUUGGGGAGCAAGACGUAAGAAUAGACGACGCCCUGGACUUUUUUG